AUGUCCACUACUACUACUCUUGAGCCAAAGAAAGAAUCAUUGGGUAUAACUGCUGCUCUCAUUCUCAGUCUUGUAGGAUUGACGCUUCUUCUUGUCAUUGCUAUUCUGAUCAAACGAGAAAUUCGUCGAGGAAAUGUUAAAUCUAAACGUGACGGACACUUUUGGUCUUGUAAAUUUUUUCGAAAAUAUACUCAAUCUAAGUUACCUACAGAUGGAAAAAUCUCAGCAAAAGUUCGACCUCAAUGGCUUCUUGUUGGCCAUCAUGAAUUACCAGAACGUUUUUAUACAAAAGAUGAAUGCCCACAAUAUAUUGCUCGAAUGUUUACAAUUGAUCUUUAUACUGUUUUACAACAUACAUGCCGAGAAACAUUUUCUGAUAUAGAUACAAAUUCAGCAUUUGAAUCCUAUUUAAUUAAUAAUUAUCCAACAUUAAAUGAUACAAUUCAUUCAUUCCGGCGUCUUAAAAUUCGAGCAGAAGUCGAUUUAGUUCCAUUCACGAUCGACGAAACAAAAAAUGGAAUUAGACUAUUUAAUCAAUUAUUACAGAAAUUAUCUGAAUAUGUUAAUAAUCCUUAUCUUCGUCAACGUCAAAUAACUCUACCAUUUGCUAUUCAAAAUGAAGAACAAGAAAUAAAAAUGAGUUCAAAAUAUAUUCCAUUAUUACCAAAAGAUUUAUGCCAAAUACCAUUACGACCCAACGAUAAUGAUUCGUUAGGAAAUAUGAAUAAAAGAUCACGUUCAAAAGGUCGUUUUCCUUUUCAUUUACCAUCAUUUUUAAAUAAACGUAGAUUCUUUUCGACGAAAUCAUCAUCGGGAUCAGCACAAGCAUCAAAAACUCGAAAUGAGUCUUUGGUGAAUAACGAAAGUUCAGUUGAAGACAGUGAUCAUAACAAUCCUUCAGUUGAUAAUACAACGACGAAAACAAGCCGCCAAAGAUUCAAACGACCAACUGCUACAGAUGUUGUGCCUUUAGUAGAAUUUCAUGAUGCACUGUCACAGUCGGCAACAUUCAGUUCAGACAUGGAACCACAUUCAUAA